ACCACAGAAGCAUUCCAAAAAUAUGUUAAAAGUUUUCAUGUCUUGAUUAAGUUACUGGAAAAUAACCGUAAAUUAACAAAAUAAAUUUGAUUUGUAACAAAUGGGGACCACGGGCAGUUUGUUUUGGAUGGAUUUGCCUUAUGAUGACGUCAUCGGGAAGCGCCCGAGUCGAUCUGACCAGCCGAGUUGGAGCCGUUUUACACAGCUGAUCAUCAACAAUUUUUUCGGAUUUCCAGAGGACUUCACCAUAGGGUUAUUCGCGAAGCCUUUGCGUGACGUCACGCGUGACGUCAGUGCGCUGACUGGUUGGCAAAACAUGGCGGAUAGUGUAAACAGGACGAACUCGAGCGGAUAUCUUAUGCCUUUCUCCGCGUAUGCGAACUCCCUCCCUUCAGAUGCGAAAGAGAGAUAUAAGAUAAAGUUAUUGUACAACUCUGGUACGUGUUCCUUGCCCGAUCCAUUUGGUUUAACGGAACAUUGGAGCAAAAAUCCCGACGAGUGGCCGGACCUAACGUUUGCCGACAUUUACCUAUAUCUGAUCGAUACGCCAUCCAUUUUCACCAAAGAAUCGAUGAAAGCCUACAAAUCGUUGGAAGCAUACAAGUAAGCAAUAAUACAGCUUUAUUUUUGUUUACAAUUUUUAAUUUUGUUGAGAAAAAUGUUAUAUUAACGUUUUACUUACGUGUAAAGGUGACGUUCUCUGUAAACAAAGAUCACGUGAUACAUAGUGAUAGUUUGUCGCUCUCUCUUUGUAUUGUAUGUCAUAUGUAAAGAAACUUAGAGGUUUUAUAAAUUACUGUGUAAAGAGCAUUAUUAAAUAAUGAUUGAUUCUUAAAAUUAUUUUCUAUUAAUUUAUUUGUAGGUAUGUUUUAAGUGGACAUGUACAGGAGGUAUUGUCACACCAAAUUGAUCCAAGCUGCCCCUACAUUGCUCUGAAGACCAAGGUUACUCCAUCCCAGAGAAUACGAGACAAACCACAUGAACCAUGGGUUUAUUUAGAGAAAUCUAGUGGAACUGUCUACUGUGCACAUUGUACAUGCAUGGCUGGGCUUGGAGAAGUAUGCAGCCAUGUGGCGGCACUUUUGUUCAAAGUGGAGAUGGCUGUAAAGAUGGGACUGACCCAAUCAAGCUCCACAAGUAAAGCCUGUCAGUGGUAUAGCUCUUUUCGAAAAGAGGUAACCCCAGCCACCAUCUCUGGAAUAUUCAGUGAAAUUAAAGGAAGACGUACUAAGGAAAUAGAUUCUGUUCAUGCACAUGGUACAGCCCAACUUCCUCCACAAAGUGUUCUGGAUAGCCUUUAUUCCAUUGCACCCAAUGCAGCUUUCUUCACCUCUGUUAACGUGUUGUCACCAAUUGCAAACGCUGAUCUUGUGGGGAGAGAGACAAAAUACCCUCAACUUCUUUCAACGCUACAACAAGAAUUUCAAGAAGAUUCGAUAACAGAACUUUGUGCUGAAGUGUUAAAGAACUAUUCAGUGUCCUCUGCACAAGCCAGCAACUUGGAAUAUGCGACAAGGAACCAGUCUAUCAGUCCACUGUGGUACCAACACCGGACAGGGAGGAUUACUGCUUCCAAAGCCCAUGAUGUUCUCGUUAGACAACCAACAACCAAUCCUGACACUCUUGUAAAGAGAAUAGUAGGAUACAAGGUGUAUGACCUCUCCAAAAGUGCUGCUGUCAAGUGGGGAACUGAGACAGAAGAUGAAUGCAGACAAGCCUACAGUCUUCACCAGAAAGCAGGACAUAUAAAUUUCACCUGUAGGUUAUCAGGGUUUGUGAUUGACCCAAACCAUCCAUUCCUCGGAGCCAGCCCUGAUGGAGCUGUGAACUGUGAUUGUUGUGGCAAUGGAACUUUAGAAAUCAAGUGUCCCUUUAAACAUAGGGAUGUUGCUGUUGAGGAAGCAGCCAUCAUAGAUAAGGAUUUUUGCCUUGAUGCUACUCUACAUCUUAAGGAAAACCAUAGAUACUACACCCAAGUUCAAAUGCAGAUGUUUUUAACAAAGAGUCAGUAUUGUGACUUUGUAGUAUUCACUAAGAGUGAGCCAGCAAGCAUGUGUAUUAUUCGCAUUACACUUGAUGAAAAGUUCUGUGAAAACCUCAUAAACAAAUGUGAGAAGUUUAUCAAAGACCAUGUUGUCCAUGAACAUAACUCGUCAGUUAGAAAAUGAACCUGUUGUCAACCAAGAACUGGAUAUUAAUGAAAAAAAAACCUGGUGCAUUUGUAAUGAACCUGAAUAUGGACGAAUGAUUAAAUGUGAUGGUGAGUUAUGUCCGUACGAAUGGUUCCACUAUAAAUGUGUGAACAUUCGACGAAAACCCCGUGGUCAGUGGUUUUGUGCAAGUUGUGAACCAUGAUGAGUCACUGAGAACAGCAUGAAUCUAUUGCAAACUGGAUCUUUAGCUCAAAUAC